GGCGAUUUCGUGCUCAUAGGACCCGGUUCUGAGCCAACGCACCGGGAGUUAAGCAAAGCACAGAUAAUCACUGAACAUGAUGAAGAUGAUGGCGAUCAAGAAGUGUUCAUUUAUGCCGAUUCGGCUUAUAUUCGUUUAGUGACCCAUAAUUCCCUGAAAACGGGAACAGCUGAGCAACUGUCCCAACUGAAGGGAACGGCUCUCAAGUUCAGGUGGUAUGAGCCCAACAUUACUGUCACCGACCGUCCAGACGAACAGGUGCCCCAACGGGUGCGGGACUCUGCCGUCCAGGUGUGUGUCAUAGACCAGAGUUGUGCCACAUUUAACACCACAUAUAAGACGGCAUUCAUCGACGAGUUGGUACACAUCGCCAAUGUCUUCCUCUUCAAAGACUCC